GAUAUGGAGUCUGGAGAGCGGCUGGCCUCCCCAUCGUCUGCCUCCUCCUCCGCUGCCUCCUCCUCUCCGGCCCCUUCCUCCAAGAGCAGCCUCACGCCUGGCCCCACCGCCCUGGGAUCCACUCUCACCACCUGUGGACAUUUGUUCCGAGCGGCCAGCGAUCAACCUUUCAAUCUAUCCACCGUCUCAAGUGCCUUCCCCAUGGUCAAUCACCCAGCCUUUGGCCUGUACACUACGAGCUCGGGCCGCUCUGAAUUCGGGGGCCUGGGAACCCUCGGAGUGUCAGCAGCCCUGGCAGCUCACCCUCAGCUGGGUGCUUUUCCAGAGUGGUGGCGAAGCCCUGAGGCUCACGGACGAGGGGCGGCAGCUUUCUUCCCCCCUCUUUUGGGCCUGCCCCCCAUGUUUGCGCCUCCGGUACAGAACCACGAGUCCAGCCCCUUCCAGUCCCGUACCCCCAGCACCAAUGGCCGAAGCACCACCAAAGGGGUGAACGGCGCGGUGAACGGGAGCAGCAUGUCCGCCUCCUCCAAGGGGAGCCCGUCCACCACGGCAUCCCCGGCACUGGCAGCCUCCGAGCGGAUGAAGUCCCCCAGCUCCGGCAGCAGGAGUCACAGAGCCAACCCGGACGGCGGCCAGGUGGCCGAGAAAGCCACCCAGAAAACUAAAGAGAAGAAACUGGGCAAGAAGGCGGUGGAGAUCUCCAGCAACAGCGACAGUGAAUCGGGGUCCUCCUCGGGCACCUCCAGCGAAGGGGUGAGCAGCACCGACUCGGAGGACCUGGGAGAGGACGACGACGAUGACGAUGACGAAGAGGAUGACGAUCAGAGCAACGAGAGCGAAGACUCUGACUCCGAGAAGGAAGCGCAAGAGAAGAGGAAGAUAAAGGUGCUGAGGCGGAAUCCCGGCGAAGGGAAGAAGGAAGGGCCGAGAGCUGCAGAGGACAAGGAGCCCCAGGACCGGAGCGGCUGCCAGCCCCACAGCUUCCCCCCCGAGCCCCCUUCCGCCGCCCACCUCCCGCCCCAGUCGCCCCCGCUGCGGCCAGGCCUGCUCCAGGCCACCCCGCACAUCUUCCAGAGCUCCAAGCCCAACGAGGAGGCCGCUAAGCAGCAGCACCAGAGCGUCAUCCAUGCCGUUGGGCUGGCGGCCAGUGCCAAGCCCCUGGCCCUGGUCACCCAGCCCCGCCGAGAGGCCUCGCCCGGCCCCCUCGGGCCCGUGCCCAAACCCUUCUCCCUCUCCCCCUCUCCCAAACCCCCGGCCCCUUCCCCCGACAGCGGGAGGCCGAGCAGCAGGAGUGUGCUGGAGGAGCCCCUCUCACAGAUCAAUGAUUUCAGACUGAAACCGCCUUUUCUUUCCCAGGAGCUGAAGAAACAGCAGGAGCUCUUCAAAGCCCAGAAAAAGCUUGUGACAUCAUCGCUGCCCCCUCCCAAACUGUCCCCUCAGACUCAGAGCAGCCACAAGCUCACUCCUCCACACAGCAAGCACUCCAACCUCUUCCUCUCCAACACCCUCCUCGGGCACCAUCCCAACGGGGUCAUCCAGACCACCAUCCAGGAGGCUCCGCUGGCCCUCAUCACCAAGCCGCGCGGGCAGCCCAGGACCCCGGAGAAGCCCGUCCUGGUGGUGCCCAGCGCCCCUUUUUCUGCGCCGGUCAACCUGAGCACGGGGCCCAAGAAUCUGACGGCCGUGUCCGUGGUCCGGGCGCGGCCCUCUACCUCACCCGGCCGGGCAGACGGGCCGGCGAAGAGCAGGACCCCCAACGCCCCGCCUGGGGCGAAAGGUCUGCCCCAGAGCCACCUGGCCCAGUCCCUGGUGGACCUCUUCCGGGGGACCGAGUCCGACAUCCCCAGCAGCAAGGACUCGGACGACUCCGGUGAGGACGACGAGGAUGAAGACGACGAGGACGAGGACGAGGACGAGGAUUCGGACGACAGCCCAUCAGAGUCAGAAAGCAACCUGGAGAGCAACUCCGACGGCUCCGAGGAUGACGCCAGGGACCGUGACGAGAUGGAAACCGACACCGAGGGGGACAAGACCCCCCUGAAGCUCACCAAAAGCCCCCCCCUGCCUAACACCUCCGCGAACCACUCGGCCAACUGCUCCCCGCUCAACCUCAUCAAGACGCCCAGCACGGCCACACCCACGGCCACCAUAGCGACCAACUCUGGCGUCUCAGCCUAUCACAGCGCGCCCUUGUCAUCCUUCUCCCUCAGCCCCCUGCCAGGAUCCGGGAAGCGAAGGAGGGUGACAGACGAACGAGAGCUGAGGAUACCUCUGGAGCUGGGGUGGCAGAGGGAGACCCGGAUCAGGAACCUGGGCGGACGCCUGCAGGGAGAUGUGGCCUACUACGCCCCAUGCGGCAAGAAGCUGCGGCAGUACCCGGACGUGGUGAAGUAUCUAUCCAGAAAUGGAAUAAGUGACAUCACGCGCGAUAAUUUUAGCUUCAGUGCAAAAAUCAGGGUUGGUGACUUCUAUGAAGCCAGAGAUGGACCGCAGGGGUUGCAGUGGAGCCUGCUGAAAGAGGAGGAGGUUCUCCCUCGCAUCCUGGCCAUGGAGGGCCGGCGAGGCCGUCCCCCAAACCCGGAGCGCCAGCAGGCGGGCGACGGCUCCCGGUCCAGGCGCAGGAAGGGGCGGCCCCCCAACGUCGGGGAGGCCGAGAUCCCCGGCGCCACCAAUGCCAAGCUCCUCCGCAAGCUGGAGGCUCAAGAAAUCGCCAGGCAGGCGGCUCAGAUCAAACUGAUGCGCAAACUGGAGAAGCAGGCCCUGGCGCGUGCCGCCAAAGAGGCGAGGAAGCAGCAGGCCAUCAUGGCAGCCGAAGAGAAGAGGAAACAGAAAGAACAAAUAAAGAUUCUGAAGCAGCAGGAGAAGAUCAAACGAAUUCAGCAAAUCCGAAUGGAGAAGGAGCUUAGGGCACAGCAGAUCCUGGAGGCUAAAAGGAAGAAGAAGGAAGAGGCAGCGAAUGCCAGAAUUCUGGAGGCUGAGAAACGAACAAAGGAGAAGGAGUUGCGGAGACAGCAGGCUGUUAUUUUGAAGCACCAGGAGUUGGAGAGACAUAGACUAGAUAUGGUAUGGGAACGGGAGAGGCGGAGGCAGCACAUGAUGUUGAUGAAGGCAAUGGAGGCUCGGAAGAAGGCCGAAGAGAAGGAGCGUUUGAAGCAGGAAAAGAGGGACGAGAAACGGUUAAACAAGGAGCGGAAAUUGGAACUGAGGAGGCUGGAACUGGAAAUUGCCAAGGAGCUGAAGAAGCCAAAUGAAGAUAUGUGCUUGGCAGACCAUAAGCCCCUCCCGGAGCUGUCCCGGAUUCCCGGGCUGGUCCUGCCGGGCAGCACCUUCUCGGACUGCCUGAUGGUGAUGCAGUUCCUGCGCAGCUUCGGGAAGGUGCUGGGCUUCGACGUGAGCGUGGACGUGCCCAGCCUGGGCGUGCUGCAGGAGGGCCUGCUCAACGUGGGCGAGAGCAUGGGCGAGGUGCAGGACCUGCUGGUGCGCAUGCUGUCCGCGGUGGUGUGCGACCCGGGGCUGCCGCCCGGACACAGGACCAAAACAGCCCUGGGGGACCACCUGACCAACGUGGGCAUAAACCGGGACAACGUGUCGGAGAUCCUGCAGAUCUACAUGGAGGCGCACUGCGGGGGCACGGAGCUGGCCGAGCUGAUGGAGAGCCUGAAGACCAAGGCGUUCCAGGCCCACACGCCCGGCCAGAAGGCCUCCAUCCUGGCCUUCCUGGUCAACGAGCUGGCCUGCAGCAAGAGCGUGGUCAGCGAGAUUGACAAAAACAUUGAUCACAUGACCAACCUUAGGAGGGACAAGUGGGUCAUCGAAGGCAAGCUUCGCAAGCUGAGAAUCAUUCACGCCAAGAAGACGGGGAAGAGGGACUCGGGCGUGGCGGGGGAGGAGACCCAAGCUCUGGGCACACCCACCGCGGGGCGCAAGCGCAAGCGGAAAGGAGGGGACAGCGACGAGGACGAGGACGAAGACGAGGACAGCGACGACCAGGGCGACGAUGACGAUGACGAGGAGGAGGAGGUGAAGAAGGGGAAGAAGGUGGAAACCUGUGAGGAAGAGGAUGAAGGAGACCAGACUGCCAGCGUGGAGGAGUUGGAGAAGCAGAUAGAGAAAUUAACAAAGCAACAGAGCCAGAUCCGCCGCAAGCUGUUCGAGGCGUCCCACUCCCUGCGCUCCAUGAUGUUCGGGCAAGACCGCUACAAGCGCCGCUACUGGGUGCUGCCCCAGUGCGGGGGCAUCUUCGUGGAGGGAAUGGAGAGUGGAGAAGGUCCAGAGGAGGUGGAGAAAGAGAGGGAGCGACUGAAGAACGCAGAGACGGUCCAGAUCAAAGAGGAGCCCCCAGAGGUGGUUGAGGAGAAGCCCCUGGACGCCGGCCUGGACCUGAACUUCGAGAGGACGACGGAGACCCCGGAGGAGAAGAAGGAGGAGAAGGCCUCCCCCAACCUCUUCCUCCAGAAGCCCGACUCCUUCUCCAAGCUUAGCAAGCUGCUGGAGGUGGCCAAAAUGUCGCCAGAGUCAGACGAGCACCACCAGAAGCAGAACGGCAGUCCGGCAAUGGUCCAGGCGGCCAUGCCCUCUCCCACCCAUGCUAACUUUCAGACGGGUUUACCCAGCGGCCUUCCCACAGCCCCCGCCCCGCCCCCUGUCGAGGCCCCGCCCGACCCGGCCACGACCCCUCACCUCGGCAGCCCCGCCAAGAGGGCCAGCCCCCACCAGCUGCUGCCCAACGACCAGCUCUUCCGUGUGCUGACGGAGAAGAGCGGCCACUGGUUCAGUCUGCUGCCGCGCUCACCCUGCGACGACUCCUCCCUCACCAGCAACCCCACGCCCCAGACCACCUCCCCCCAGCCCUGCUCCACAGGGCCCAAAUCACCCUCCUCCUCCUCGCCCAUCCCGACGGCGGCCUCCGCCUCCGCUAGCCCCCACAACCCCGGGGGGAUCAAUAACUUCGCCUUCUCCAGCAUCCAGGUGAAGCCCGGUAUACACCUGAUGGGUGUCCCGUUCUGCGGGUGGCCCGGCGGAAUGGUGAGCCCAAACCUGCCCUUCUCCGGCAGCCACCCGUCGGCCCCCAUGCUGAGUCCAGGGUACCCCGUGGUGGAGGCCAACGGCAGCCCCUUCCUGGCGCCCAGCAUCUCCACCAGCAAGAGCGACUCCCCCGCGCCCCCCAGCGAGAAGCCGCCCUCCGCCCCCUCCCCAGUCGUGGAGGUGGCCAAACCCCAGGACUACCCGACCCCCCGGCCUAUCCCAGAGGAGAUGCUGACAGGCUGGUGGAAGGUGUCGGACAUGGAGGAGCUGCGCACCCUGGUCAAAGUGCUGCACUUCAGGGGCGUCAGGGAGAAGGCCCUCCAGAAACAGAUCCAGAAGCACAUGGAGUACAUCGCCCAGGCCUGUGCCAAGAACCGCGAUGCGGCCAUCAUUGACGUGAGUGACAUGGAGGAGAACCAGGUGACGGCAGAGACCGUGGAGAGCUGGUGUGUGGAGGAACAGGCCAUGGAGAUGGACAUCGCUGUGCUGCAGCAGGUGGAGGAGCUGGAGAGGAAGGUGACCUCUGCCAGUCUGCAGGUCAAGGGAUGGAUUUACCCCGAGCCUCACUCAGAGAGGGAAGAUCUAGUCUACCACGAGCACAAGCCGGCCUCUAAGUUGUGCCCGGCCGCAGACAAAGAAGCCGGGGAAGAGCAGGAAGAGAAAGAAGGCAGCGGGAUUGUGCGGCGUGUCAACAACCCCCUAGAUAUAGCUGUAACCAGACUGGCUGAAUUGGAGAGGAACAUCGAGCGAAGGUAUCUGAAGACCCCCUUAGGUACCACCAUUCAGAUCAAACUGGAUAAUGUGGGUACAGUCACUGUUCCUGCGCCUGCACCAUCCACUAGUGGUGAUGGUGAAGGAGGUGAGGAAGACAUCGCUCCCGGGAUGAAGGUGUGGCGGAAGGCUCUGAGCGAGGUCCGCAGCGCUGCCCAGCUGGCCCUCUGUAUCCAGCAGCUGCAGAAGUCCAUCGCCUGGGAGAAAUCCAUCAUGAAAGUCUACUGCCAAAUUUGCCGGAAGGGGGACAACGAGGAGCUGCUCUUGCUUUGCGAUGGUUGCGACAAAGGAUGUCACACUUACUGCCAAAGACCCAAGAUCACCGUAAUACCUGAGGGGGACUGGUUUUGUCCAGCCUGCAUAUCCAAGGCGAGCGGUCAAUCCCCAAAGAAUAAGAAGCUUCCAAACCGAGCAGGAGGCGGGGGAGGGGGUGGAGGAGGAGGCGGAGGGGGAGGUGCAGGAGGAGGAGCAGGAGGAGGCGGAGGAGGCGGAGGGAAGAAAAACUCAGAGAUCAAGCGGAGCAGGAAGCCAUCGGUAGCCGGAGAGGUCUCGGAGGAUGACGCUGCAAGCACAAGCAGUACUCCAAAGAAAGGGGCUAAAGAGUCCAAAAAGAGGAAAGGGGAGGAGACCCCCACCCCAAACCAGCCCAAACAGGACAGUCCUGCGAGUGUGAAGAAAGCCAAAACGGCCAGAGACAACGCCAAGGACCUGGCGGUGUGCAGUGUGCUGCUCUCGGAGCUGGAGGGUCACGAAGAUGCCUGGCCCUUUCUCACCCCCGUCAACCUGAAGUCUGUCCCUGGCUACAAGAAAGUCAUCAAGAAACCCAUGGAUUUCUCCACUAUCCGUGAGAAACUUGGCAGCAACCAGUACCAAAAUCUUGAGACAUUCAUCGUUGAUGUCAACUUGGUUUUUGAUAACUGUGAAAAGUUUAAUGAAGACGAUUCUGAUAUCGGACGCGCUGGACACAACAUGAGGAAGUUUUUUGAGCGAAGACGGACUGAACUUUUGAAGAUGAACUAGGCUUGUUUGGACUUGAGCAUUUACUAUCUGGGACCAGCUGUCUCCAUUUCAAUUUCCAGAGCUGGGCACUUGAAGUAUUGUACUGAAGAAAAUCUCAAAAGCAUGAGGCGCACACCUCUCCAUCAGAACCCAGGGCUCCUAAAUGUAAACCUAACUUAAACUGGCUAGAACAGGGAACACACACCCAGAGAGACAGGGGUGUCUUAGUGCAAUACCAUUUCCUAUAAGAAAUCGCACUGAAUUUACAACCAUCAGAGCUGUAAUUGGGAAAGACUGCUUUCCGC